AUGGAACGGUUUCUGCGACUCGGUGGACUUACCGGUGGAAUUGGACAGUUUGGCGGAGGUCCUCCAUCAGAUUCGAAUCAAGUAGACACAUCUGAGACUGUAUACAUAUCAUCUCUUGCGUUGUUAAAAAUGCUGAAACAUGGAAGGGCUGGAGUACCGAUGGAGGUUAUGGGACUUAUGCUAGGUGAAUUUGUUGAUGAAUAUACCGUCAAUGUUAUAGACGUUUUCGCAAUGCCUCAAUCUGGAACUGGAGUAUCUGUCGAGGCUGUGGACCCAGUAUUUCAAGCCAAGAUGCUUGACAUGUUGAAGCAAACAGGACGACCAGAAAUGGUUGUUGGAUGGUACCAUUCCCAUCCAGGUUUCGGUUGUUGGCUUUCUGGAGUUGAUGUUAACACGCAGCAGUCGUUUGAGGCUCUUUCAGAUAGAGCAGUUGCUGUUGUUGUAGAUCCCAUUCAAUCUGUUAAAGGAAAGGUCGUCAUAGACGCGUUCCGUACCAUUAACCCACAAACGAUGGCGCUCAAUCAAGAACCACGUCAAACUACUAGUAACCUUGGUCAUUUACAGAAGCCAAGCAUUCAAGCUUUGAUACAUGGUCUUAACAGGCAUUACUACUCAAUACCAAUUGCAUACCGGACGCAUGAUUUAGAACAAAAGAUGCUACUAAAUCUAAACAAGCAGUCUUGGAUGGACUCACUAGCCGUACAAAAUUAUACUUGUUGUAAUGAGAAGAACAAAGAGAGCAUGCUUCUAAUGUUAAAACUUGCGAAACUCUAUAAAAAGGCGGUUGAAGACGAGGAAAAAAUGACUGAUGAAGAGCUUGCGAUCAAGAAUGUAGGGAAACAGGAUCCAAAAAGGCACCUCGGAGAAGAGCAUCGUUUGGGGGUAAUUGAAUGCUUACGUGGCCUUUACAAUGAUUUGCGGUGGCCU